CCACAAGUGGUUGACGUGCGUUCCAGCCUAUCAGCAUGUGUCGUCAUAUCACCCGUUGCCACCUUUUACGCAUCACUCAAAGAACGAGCUUGAUUACGCCGAGUGCUGAAUGUACCUUAUCUAAUGUCAGAGAAAGGUAUAUCCUCAAUAAUUCCCACCUGUGCGGCCAGACAGAAAUGGGUAUCAAACACACCUGCAAGUCUAUAUUUUUCAUCUGUAUGGUGUUUACUGUCGUAUUCCUUUUUGGAUUUAGAUCUCAUGUGCAAGACAAUGCAGGAUCUUGGAAUGGAAUCAAUGCUCCCAAGGGCUUCAACCUGUUGACCAUCCACACGAAUCAAGGCCGCCUAGGGAACCAAAUGUUCACAUUCGCCACCCUGUACGGUUUGGGUCGUCUUAACCAUCGAAGUAUCGCGCUCAUGCCUUCCAACUACGAAGUGCUUCAAAAGUAUUUCGAUAUCAGCAUUUUCCCAUUGGUGGACGAGAAGCAUUUCGUUGAAGUUCAGCCCUGGCAGAUAGGUAACUGGCUGAAGGAGGAGGACAAGGCCAUUCCUCUUGUUUCAAACAUUGUGAAAGGGAACAUUUACCCGACCUCCUAUACUUUCUUCGAUCAUGUCAGGGAGGAGAUCAAAGAGCUAUUUCGUUUCAGCGACAAAAUAAAAAAUGAUGCGGUAGAGUUCCUCAGGCAUGUCAAGAUUGUCCGCCCCUCCACAGAAGUUUAUGUUGGGGUCCAUGUGAGACGCGGCGAUUAUCUGAGCCAUACCGGCGGAGGAUGGCUGAGGGCCUUCGACGGCAGGGAAGUGGACUUCGCCUUCUUCCAAAGGGCUGUUGACUAUUUCAGGAACAAGUAUGCCAACGUUACCUUUCUGGCUGUAAGCGAUGAUCGUGAAUGGUGCAGGAAGAAUUUGGCACAGUUUGGCAUCCUAACAACACCUGAUAGUCCUGGUCCUGCCGAAGAUUUGGCUCUGUUGGCAGAAUGCAACCAUACCAUCAUGACUUAUGGUACUUACGGAUUUUGGGGCGGUUAUUUAGCAGGUGGAGAAGUAGUGUAUUUCACCGAUUUCUUGAAACCCAAUACGAGUAUGACUAAAGAUUAUUUUCGUUAUGAAAAGAUGUACCCUCCAGAUUGGGUGGCUAUAUCAACUACCCCACCAGGAUUCUGGGAAAAUUAUACUAACCCAUUUCUGACGUGAUGCUCUGGCUUUAUGUCAAAAAAAGCAUCAAAUGCCUUUAUCUGUGAUAUGGUCAUUUAAGUACAAACGGUUUUGAGCCUAAUGAAGUGCGUAAAAAGGGAUUUUAGUCAUCUUUUUUACAUUUCAUUAUAAAUGUAUUAUCCUCUGCCAUGUCAAGUAUGUGAGAAUGCUAACAACAUCAGCAUAGCUAGAGUAUGUAAAUAAAUCUUUCAUUAUCAUUUAGAUGGCUUUUUAGAUGCUCUCACAAUAUAGCAUUUCUUUAUUUAUUAUCAUGACUAAUUCUAUGAAUUUAUUAUGAACAUACUAUGCAUUAUUUAGUUAUUGGUGCUUAUAAUAUGAACUAUCAUACCUCAACUACUUAAACAGCAUUUCUGUUCUGCUCUCAGCUUUGUGUAAAUAUUUUUUUUUAUGUAAAUAUGAGCAAUAUUGCAGUUAUUACAUAUUUUUUAGAUCUUUUUUCACGUUAGUCAAGUACAAAAUAUGAGAAUCUGACACCAUUCACAAUCCCAUUGCUUUGUAGACAAUAUGCUAUCUGUUUUGUUAA